GAGAGAAGAUAGAUAGAUAGAGAGGAGAGAGAGAGAGAGAGAGAGAGAGAGAGAGAAGAGAGAAGAGAGAGAGCAGGUGUGUUAAUCUGCAGUAUCCGAGAAUAAAAUGGCGGGUAAGAUUCCAGCACUCCCAGAAUCCUUUGCUCCGAGUCCUGACAGUGUUUUUUCUGAUCAGUUUGGAUUCUACUCUUUGGACUCGAACGUUCCCGGCCUCUCCAAAGUCAUCCUGGACAAUCUGAACAUGAAGGACUACUCAGAGUAUAGAGCGGCUCUGGAGGGCAGGGGGAAGGUGGGCUUCCGCUCUCAUAAGGAGAUGUUCCAGAAAAUGGAGGAGACGUUUAGAUUCUGUGCCUGCUGCUCUACACUCCCCACCCGUCUGUCUGAUCCCUCACUGCUCAGGCGCUGUGGCAAGUGUCUGAACGUGUACUACUGCAGUAAAGAGUGUCAGAGGAAGGACUGGAGUCUUCAUAAGAAGUUCUGUAAGAAGCUGCGGGUGGUGGCCAUAGACAGGCUGGUAGACUGGCUGGUACACACAGGAGACCUGCCCUUCCCCACAGAAACAUGGCCUCGUCCUGCUAAAGAGGUCCGGUGCUGGGAUGAUUGGCUCUCCAUGCAGGGCGACCUCACAGCCCGGAUGGACCCGAUCCUGUCUGGGAAGAACAUGACAGACCUCUGGAUCAACGCUUGCCGGCCACGCCCAGAUGAGGCGGAGCUUCGUGAAUCUGUGUGGCGCGUGUGUAGCGAGUUCCUCUCACGUCCACUGACGAUAGGUCUCGGAAUUCGGAUGUUUUGUCUGGACCCGUAUUCCCGACCUCUCACCAUCCACCUGGUGGGGGCUGGUCAUAAUGAGACCCUGGGAGCGAGGACAAAGGAUCUGGAUGAGCUGAGUCGUAUGUUCCCUGGACAUCAGGGUCUGGAGGUGGUCAUGGUGGGGCCAGAGGUAGUGAAAGGGCCGAUUAUGAGGCCUCCAUUAAGGGCGUUUGGUCCACGAGGAAGGGUCUACAUCAGCGCCUAUAAGGGUCUGUACCAUGAGUUCUGGGAGGAGCUUGUGGAGAAAGGAGAGGCAGCCAAACCAGACCUUGUGGUGGGGUUUCAUCCAGGGUUUCAUGCGUCUCAGGGAUUGGGAGAAGGAUGGCUGCCCACACUGCUGCUCCUCAGAGAUUACAGCAUUCCCUCAGUGUUCACCAUGUACAAUGAUGGGGAGUUGAAGUAUUCUGUGCAGAUCUUGGUGGAGUUGGAGAUGGACAUUAAAGGCACUGGGCCGAACCCUUUCAGUUCCCAGAAGCCCGAGCAGGUGCAGUCGAGUCCCAACAAAGAGCCGAGCUACUGCAAUGCCUUCUACCUUUACUUCCAGGGCCUGCUGGAGGACAAGCAGGAUGAGGACUAGAACCUUCAGACACCUUUAACCUCGUAUCUCCUGACUGGAGCACAGAUGAAUCCAAACAAAACAUGUAUAGGAACUAUCUAAAACUACCACAUAAAUCUCUGAGGAACCUUUAAUGACAACAGAGAAACUCAGAGGAACCUUCAAACUCCAGAUAAAUCUCAAGAGGAAACUUUAAUCUCCACAAAGUCUAAGUCUGCUUAAAUAUUCAUAAACAAGAUCUGGAGAACAUUCUUUUUCCACUAACAAGGUUGAGAGAGCCUUUAAUCUCCACAAGCGUGCUUAGGAAAACCUUUGAUCUCCAUGGGCAUUCUGACAGAAGCUUUCAUUUUUCAUCUAAUCUCUAUAAAUAAGUAGAAUCUGUAAAACUUUAUCUCCUAUGGAAACUCCUGUGAAAUCUCCUGAAGAACUGUAAAUCUUCAAAAAGACGUUUUGCAAAAUGUUUCAUUUCUGCAAAUAUGAUAUCAGGAACCUUUAGUCUCCCCAAAAAAUCUCUGAGGAACCUUCAAUCUUCACAAACAAACUCUGAGACUGUUUCAGUAUUCAACCCUAACAAGGACCAAUGAAUCUUUCGUCUUUACAAACAAGUUUCUCAGAACCUUUCAUUCACACUAAGAAGAAUAUCAGCAACCAAGCUCUGAGCAAGCUCCUGGAGAAUGUUAAAUCUUCAGAAAGAAGUUCUGAAAACCUUCGAUUUCCACAAAUAUGAUAUCAGGAAGGAACCUUUAAUCUCCACACAUGAAUUACACUCUGAGGAACCUUUAAUCUUCAAAAGGCA